AUGGAGUUUGAUUUCCCGCAGUUUGUGCGUGCGUCGGACAACACUGCUCCGCCGGCGUCGCCGCAGAAGUCCCUCUGGCAGAUGGUGAUGGAGGCGGGGCCAAACGACGUGCUGCCGGAGCGUGUGGUCCCACGGCGUGCGGCGGCUCACCGAAUCGCAGGCUAUGACAGCGACAACAGCGAAGGCAGCAACAGGGGAGGCGGCCGUCAUAACGACGAGAAUGUGUCCGCAAAAGACGGCACAGCUGCUGCCGCACUCACCUCGCGCAGCUCGUGGACGCCCACGCCUUACAUGCUUCAGCACCUCAUGUCCUCUGGCUUUGUGUCACAGUUCUGCGUGCUGAAUGGAAUUGAGUGCACUGCACGGUUGCCGCCACCACCGUGCAUGCGUCUAAAGGACUUGCAGCUUCCACCGUUUGUCCUCGCACGCCUUCAACGCCAGCUUCUGCGGCCCCGCGCAUCGAGAAGGCCAAACUUGCAGGAGCUACGGGAAGCUGUCUUUGGCGGAGCAGUGGCUGCAGAAGCUGACGGCUCUGUGAAUGCUGUUUCUGCCGCAGUGGAGGCGGAUGGAGAGGAGCUGGUGCUGACGGCACUGCAGCAACUCACACUGACGUCAAUGCUGCUGGGCCACCACACCGUCAGUAUCGGUCCAAGAGCCACCGGAAAGAAGACAGCAGGGUGGCUGGCCACGGCGGCCGCGACGCUGGCACGUGGUAGCCACAAUUCGGAAAAUGAAGAUGGACCUAGCGAGGAUGUGAUGAACCGUGAGGCUGGCGAGGCGCAAAUGAUGCAACCGCGUGCGAUGAUUCUUGUGAACAGCUUCAGCGAAGUUCAGCAGUGCAACCGCUGGCUUCAGGCUGUCUUCACGGCGGAUGCGUUUUCGCCCGUUACAUUUCGUCGUGGCGAAGCCGAGCUUGUCGCGUUGCCGGUGAUGCACGAGGAGCGCUUCGGCCGCUACGCGGGCGCUGGUCAACAAGCGGCAGUGGCGCCACAACAGCUAACAGCAGCAGUAACAGCAGCGACGCCACCACCCCCACAACCGCCGCAGAGGGCAGAGGUGGAUCAGACACGCCAACACCGGCACGUGUCCCGUGGGCGGAGCCGCGAGGCGUCGCAUCGUCACCGCCAUCACCAUCGCAGCGAAUCACCGACGUCGCACAAGCGGGAGAAGCGACGACGUCAUCGCAGCGAUUCGAAUCACUCCAGAAAGCGCCGCCACCGACGGAGUCAUAGCCGCAGCCAUCACCGCGAUGAGCGGAGACGUAGUCGCAGGAGUUCGCGGCGGCGCAGUCACCACAGCAGUAGCAGAAAGAGGAGGCGGAGCAGCAGCAGCAGGACACUGCACCGCCACCACCACCGAAGGCGCCGCGAUGAACAGCAAGCAAGAGUUGAACGGCACGACAAUUCCGACACUCAACAGGUGCCGGACAUCCCUACCAUGAGUGUACCUUCAACAGCAGUGCCUCCGCCAGUUGUUUACAAUCCCGUCGCGGUACAUGCGCCCCAUAAAGAGAUCCCGAAAUUCUUGCAGCAGCGUGUGCCUAUCCUUAUUACGACACACCAGUCGAUUGCAGAGGCUCUGGAGAAGGUGCGUGGCCAGGCCGAAGUACUGCCACUGGAGUGCGUCCGUGUUGUGUGUGUCAGCGACGCUGACCGCGUGGCGCAGCCCACUUCGCAGGUUGCUGUUGACGCGUCGUGGUGGAUUUCCGUCUCCAAUGCAGUCGAUGUAGAGUGCCAGUACAUCGUGUCGGCCUCGCGAAUGUACGAUGAGGUGGAGGGAUGGCUGCGCAACACACUGCUGCGCGACACACCCGAUGUGGUGAACAGCUACCGACAACGCGACGAUACCGUGUGGUGUGGCGUGCAGCACUUGGCCGAGGUGGUGGCUGUAGAGGGGAUGGAGGAACGGAAUGCGCAGCCGAUGUUUGAGCGCGUCGAGGCAGUCAAGGUGGAUCGUCUCAUUCAAAUUGUUGCGCAGCACUUCCGCUCGUCCGACGCAUCUGACGUGGCGGAUCCCUCCUUUUCUUCUUCCGCUGCUCCUGGGUCUGCUGUUGGUUCGUUGCCACCGUCAGUGGGACAAGUGGCCAUUGUGGUGGCGUCCCGCAGGGAGCAGGAGGCGGUGCUGCCGCAGCUGCUGGCCGGCCUGCAGCGCCGUGCCGCGCAGGUGCGUGCCACGUGCGACAUGCACGAUUUUCAGCGCGGCAACGCCGACGUGUUGGUGACGUACGACUGGGCGUUGUGCACCAGCGCCGCAUCAGCCGGGGUAUCGGCACACGACGCGUCGAGGCGGCGUGUGGAGGUGAUUGUCAACUACGCCUUCCCGCGAAUGCUGCUCGCGCCGGGGAAGGAGGAGAGCCUGCUGGAGUGCCUCACGAUACGCACCCGCACGCUCCUCCACGGCGCUGCCGCAGCCGACGCUUGCACGAAGGACGUCGAGGAGGAGGACGCCGCGCAGGGCGAAGGCGUCAGUGCGUUCUUUGCGGCAGCGUCACGCACAGCUAGGGCGCAGCCGACGGUGUGGACACUGCUGACGGAGCGGCAGAUGCACGGCCGACCAGGAAAGCUGCUCAUGUCCCGCGCACAUGCGCUACUGUCGCAGUGA